UUCCCAGAACGAUCGUCCAGACAAACAAGCGACAACUGAAAUUUUUCUUCCUGCUUUCGGAACGUCAUCUCAAAAAAAAAAAAUGAACGCGACAAAGGCGCCCCCUCCUCCGACGUCUGUCUUGUUCGCUCGCGGAGUAAUCGCACGUCUCCUGAUAUGGCCGAUAUUGCGUCUGGCCGUCCAGGAAAACUGGGGCGGUCCCAAUAAUUCCGAAAAACGGACCUGGCUGGCGUCUGUCAUCGUUGAUGCUUUCGAAGAACAAUCGCCCCCUCCCGAUGACCAAUACGUAGAGGAAAUUCUGCUUCAGGUCAUGGAAGACGAGUUCGUAACGCAAGUAGAAGACGGAAGCGCUGAGCCGGUUGCUGUGGAUAUCGUGCAGCUGUGGGAACAGUGCCACGCUGGUCAAGAUGCCUUGGUGCGGAAAUUUGAGGAGGCGGCGGAGAAAUUGAAGGGGAGGAAAAUGGAUGUUCCCCAGACUUCUGGAGACGAUGAGGAGGAGUGGGAGGAUGAUGAUGAUGAUGGCAGUGACGAAUCCGGCGAAGAGGAGGAAAUGGAUGAUGAACCCGUGCCACAGUUGCUCAACCAUCGACGGAAGGAGGAACCUGAGAUUGACGAAGAUGGAUUCACACUUGUGAAAGGGAAAUCACGAAGGUAGCCAUAAUUUUUGGCGAGUAUUUCUUUCCUCUCCGGAACGUAGAGGGUUAACUUUAUUAUUUUAGGCGGUAAUAUUUUCGGGUAUCUAGGGAGAGGAUCUGUGCUGUAAACGACGUGUCCAGUUCUCCUUGGCAAAGGCUUGCAGAGAGAGACGAAAAGGGUUCACGUGCUUUAUUCGCGCGUCUUCUGUUUGCUACGGCCCAUGGAGAAUUUACUUAAGUUUAUUCAUCUCUGGUUAGUUAGAAUUCCAAACACUACUCUUGUUGUGAAUGAAAGAUGAUUUAGUGAUAUGUG